GCACAGCUUCUAUUGUCACGUGAUGAGCUAUUCUAUAUCCGAUUGGUUCUAUUGAGUGUCUAUGUUCACGUCACACUGACUUAUGAAUCUAAUUGGCUCCUUUGAUUUCUCUCACAUUCGUCAUCUGCUACAAGUCCGUCUGAUUUUCAGCCGCGCUAAACAAUUUUUGUGUCAUUUUGUGUCGGCACUGGAGGUGUAAGGUUACUGUAGCUCCUUGAAAUUGUGGAUUUUAUUCAUUCUAAUACUGUUAUUGUUAAUUUGCGGAGAAAAUGGCAUAGAAGAAAACUUUCAUAGAAUAAUGUGUUCUUGUACUUGGUAACCUCAGAUUCUUUAAUUUAGAUAUGGGACUUGCAUUUCCAAUAAUACCAAAAUUAGUUUAUUCUGUUUGUGUAAUUAUGUUGGUUGAGACCUAGAUCUUUUUUCUUAAGGUUAAUUAAUGAGUCAUUCCAGAAUUUUAAUGUUAAAUGUGUGUUUGAUGAUACUAAUAUUAUUAGAUGUGACUGUUUUAUGUAGUGUCCUCUGAGUAAGUUCCUAGAAUAGGUCUGCACCUUAUAACCUAUCAAAUUUAAUAUCAGUAAACUCCAAUUAAUGUCUGUUAGCAUCAUCUAACAGUAACAGUCUACAGAGCAAAUAGAUAAGCACAAUAGGAAGAGCCAAUAACACUUUUCAGACACUCUUUACAGUAUUGACACAAUCAUCAGAAACUGUUCCCAACUCCAAGUGAUGGUAAUUUUACACAAUAGUACUGCACAAUGUAUCGCGAUGAUUUUGGGAAGAUACUUGUCGUGGCUUUUAAAACAAAACUUUUUCUUUUAUAUAUAUAUAUAUGAUUAUAUUGACUGAAAACGCUGUGACGUGAUGGCCUAGUUUCAAGCCUAACACAUUAGUAAUGCACUGCCAAGCCAAUAUCGUCAGAGUAUUUGGUUUCUGCAGACUAAACUGCUGUAUCAGAACAGGACCGUUUACCAUGAUCAUGUUUUAUUUAUGUUAUUCUUUGAUCAAGGAUUGAUGAUACUUAGUGAAAAUGUAUAUUAUAUGUGAUUUGUUAGACCAGACUUACUUUGUAUGACCUAUAUUAGCUUUAUGGCCAGACAUGAAUGCAAAAACUCAAGAGACUUAAACUUGAUGAUAGAUAGCUAUAAAUGAAAACUUUAAAAUAGUGUGUCCUGUUCACAGUCAUUACAUUAGCUGAUUUAUAAAAGAAGUUGUGUUUUUAUUAACAGAGAUAUUGGGCUAAUGAACAGGAUUACAUAUAUUUGAUGAAUUUCACUUUUUUAAUUGAAAAAUUAACAUUUUGAUAUUGAAUUUUAACAGUUCUUGGAUCAUAUGCAUAUGAUCCAAUGAUCCAGCUAUAUACAUUUGACAGAAUGCAGCUGAGGGCAUAAUAUCAAGCUAAGUUCUGGAGUAGAGGAUUCAUCAUCAGGAAAUAGUAAAAGAAAAAAAUCGUUGAUGUUUAGGAAUCAGUACAAAUAAUUGUUGGAAAGCAUACUAAUAGAAAAUAUAGUAGUGAUUAGGUCAGGAGAAGUGAUUGCAGUGCAGACUUAAUUAUGUCAUUUUAUAUGAAGAAUGCAAAUGGGGGAUUAAAUACACCAGGGGGUUCCCGUGUGCGACAGGCCUUUAAAAGUCCAUUUAGAGGAAAUGUGUCCUCAGAAUCCAAUCCAAAUCAUCAGAUAUUGCCAGAAGAUUCCUCCAAAGACCUGAAGACAUCUUGCAGUGCCUUGGAAUUGAAAGAGAAUUCCCAAAUGCAAACUAAAGGAGGAAGAGGAUCAGCCAACGUAACUCCAAAGAGACAUGCAUUAUCAAAAUCACACAUAGCCAGAAGAACAUCCCUGCAGGGCUUCAGUGCACCAUUCCGAAGCCCAAGCAGGAACAUAGGGCAAGAUCAAGCACAAGGCUCACUGGAUGAGCAACUGGCUGCCCUUAAGAAGCAAGAAUUAGAAUUGGAUAAUGAAAUUACUUCCCUUGAAGAACAAGGGCUGAAGACUGAAGAACUACAAGUACAUAUAGAGAAUCUACAUCGCUACAAUGAAAUUAAGGAUGCUGCUCAGUUGGUCAUGGGUAGAUUAGCAGAACUGGAGGGGGUUACAGUGAAAGAAAUGCAUGAAAAAUAUGAGAUAUCCAGUUCUGAAUAAAUGUGUAAAACUGAUAGCCAUGUAUUUUUCCCCAAGAAUGGCUAUAUGGUGAAACAUGAACAAAAUGAACAAUAUUAAAAAUAUCAUUCAGUGUAUUGCAAUUUAAAGUUAGAUAUAUUUUAGUUUGAUGUGACAAGAGAUUUUGAAUGAAAAAUUCUUUCAGUUUACAGCAAAGGAAAGUAUAUAAAGAAAAAGAAUAUGUGAUUCUGCAUAAUGUAUAUGGUAACAUUAGCAUAGUAGAUUGUGUCAGUUCUUUCACAGUUUUUCUGUAUUUUUGUCUUUCUUUUUCUAUUUUCCCAUGCAAAUAGAAAUUAUACCAUAUAUUUUGUCCUAAAGUAUACUAGAACUAGAUAAGAAGUGUUUUUCUUUGUAAU